AUGGGCCUAUGUCGACUGUCGCCACUACAUCGCACGGACGCACGUCAUGCGGACUUACCCUGUUACAAGGUCGAUCCACCUCAGCGAAUCAGAGAUGAUUCCAUUUCUUCGAAUCGACGGAGACUCACAUUAACGGUUGAACCAAAUGAAUUGAUCGGCGGAUUGAACCAGUCCAUCUUAUUACGUUGCCUGCUUUCACGCGUCCCCAGCCAUGAUGACAGCGUGUAUGUGAUCUGGCGUUUUCGACACAGCCGAGAACCACCUCCGCCAGCAAAUUGGGCUUUUAUGCAUCAGGAUGAUGAUAUCGCUCGAUGUCCGGAACCGCCCGGUUCCUGUGAAUUAGUGAACCAAUAUGGGAAACUUAAAACCGGAAUGGCCGAAUUGAAUGCGCGGUCCUCUACGUCCAGUUUCUUGGAUCGGGAUCAGAUUGCUCGGCGUCAGUUGCACACACUUAGAUUGCAUCAGAUCACGUGGAAAUUUGACGGGACAUUCCAGUGCUAUGUGUUGCUCAAUUUGGACGCUAUGGAAGCGAGAACGAGUUUACGUGUUUUAAGUGCUCCCAGACAUCCGACAUUCAUACAGAUGAUCAAAGAGGCAAGCGAAGGACAAAUCUGGACAUCAGUUAAAGAUGGAAAACCUGGACUAAUACCCCAAAACAAGUGGAAGCUUACAGUUGGAAAGUCACAUUAUUUUGCAUGUGUAGUUUACGAAGCGAAUCCUCAAGCUCAGGUUACUUGGAUCGUCAGGCGACGAGAUGGGACUCUGCGCACUCUCCGAAUGAAUCAACCAGCAAGAUACAAUUAUAUAAAGUGGAGACCCUUCGAUGCAUUCGUAGACUUGAAGGAAUCAGACGAUUUGAGUUACUUGGAGGACGAAGGACUAAUCGAAUGUCGUGCAGAGAAUUCGGUUGGUAAAGCAUCUUCUGCUCAAUCAAUGCUUGACCUGAACUUUGCUCCAGUCAUUCAACCUUUUCCAUCCCCGGUCAUUCGGAUUUUGGAAAACGGGAAUCUCUCUGUGAAUUGCCUGGUUCAAGCCAAACCUACCGCUACUGUCCGAUGGUCUGACGGUCAAAAACGAAAUGUGUCAGACCCACCCGUGGUCCAGGUUCGUUCCAAUAUAACUGCCAAUGUUGGAGAACGCCUCGAAGUUUCCUGUCGCGUGGAUGCCAAUCCACCAGCCACAACCGUGUACUGGUCAUUUACACCAACUGGUCAUCAUGGCUCAUGGAACGAAACUUCACUUAGACAAAGGGAAGGAAAUCAACUGUUAUUAGCCAGUGUCCGCCGAGAACACGAAGGGAUGUACACAUGCCAUGCGGUCACCGUACCGAAGCUGUCAAAACUGUUGAAUUCGGAAAGUGUGCCAGAUGCCAAUCAUCGCUGGUGGCAAUCCAGGGCGACCAGUUCUGCUAGUCUUCGAUUAGUCGUAAACUAUACACCAGGUCAACCUUCCGUCUCAAUCUUAUCGCCCAAACCAAUUUUGGAAGGAUCACUGGUUCGAAUUCAGUGCUUGGUUAACAGUCACGAGUCGGGAUUUCCUAAACCAAAAUUUCAUUGGAUACGUCGAUCACUACUGGAAAUGCUUACUGGUACUCAAACUGUGCUCCAAUCUCCGUCCAUGCAUUUGGAAACGCAAGCAAAUGGAUCUACUUUACGAAUCAACUCAUCCGUGGUGGCCGACUCGGGCAUUUACACAUGCUAUGCGCGCAAUGUUGUCGGGAUUAGUCCACCGAGCGAAGUGUUACUAAGCGUUGAAGGUAAACCGUGUUUGAUUGAGGGACCACCAGCAACUCAGACUUUUAUCGCCACUCCACCCGUUGGCCUGAUGGAAUUCACAACUGAAAAUCACCUAUCCGGUUUAUACUUAGCCAAGACGAAAAAGCUAUCCCAACUGGUUCCAGCAGAACGCUCCUACCCCCGUGUUGUGCUGACGUGCAAUUUUGUGAGCAAUAGUAAACUAUCAGUUCAGUGGAUGUAUCGAUCGCAGUCGACUACGAGCAACAAAUGGAUGGCUUUGCAACCAGUUGGGCCAUCCAGUGCCGUUUCCCUUCCUUCCGGAUACGCGUUGGAGACACAUGCCAAUCUAUUGCCUGAGGUCAACCUGUGGCAUAUCCGAGCCAUGUUGACUAUUCCACAAACUGGACCUUCCAGUAUUGAAUUGGAUCCAGGCAGUACGUGCACAUUUAAACACGCAAGCGAUCUGUUACAACGAGAAGCCAUAGAUGCCAAUUAUGCUUGUGUGGCCUCGAACCCCUAUGGAGUGACUCAAAAACAAUCUCAGGUCACAGUGGUGUUGGCCCUACUCAAUCCGGCUGCCUUGCGGGUCGCUUGGACCUCAGAACACACGUUCUUCACUGCAAUGUGGAUCAAACGAUUCACUCAAGCCAAUUCAACCAUAUACCAGUGUCACGUAGCUAAUUCGGUGGGUAAUCGCACUGUGGCCAGAUCAGUAACAGUUCCAUGUAAGUACGAGGCAAUCGAUUGUCAGUUUUAA